AUGGGAGGACGAGGAGUAUUCCAUCUACUGCUGAUGUGCUUAAGCCCAGCACUGCUGUCCGCUGUGCGGAUAAAUGGGGAUGGACAGGAAGUCCUGUAUCUGGCUGAAGGUGAUAAUGUUCGGCUUGGCUGCCCCUACAUGCUGGACCCUGAGGACUAUGGUCCCAAUGGAUUGGACAUUGAAUGGAUGCAGGUCAACUCAGACCCUGCACACCGGGAGAAUGUGUUCCUCAGUUAUCAGGACAAGAGGAUCAACCAGGGCAGCCUCCCCCACCUUCAGCAGAGGGUCCGAUUUGCAGCUCAGGACCCCAGUCAGUACGAUGCCUCCAUAAACUUAAUGAACCUGCAGGUCUCUGACACAGCCACCUAUGAGUGCAGGGUUAAGAAGACCACCAUGGCCACCCGAAGAGUCAUUGUUACUGUCCAAGCUCGGCCUGCGGUGCCCAUGUGCUGGACUGAGGGGCACAUGACCUACGGGAAUGAUGUGGUGCUCAAAUGUUUUGCGAAUGGGGGCACUCCACCCCUCUCCUACAAGUGGGCCAAGAUCAGCGGACGCACCCAUCCCUACCGGGCCAGCUCUUACCUUUCACAGAAUAACUACCACUCAGAACUUUCCUACCAGGAAUCCUUCCAUAGCUCUGUGACCCACGGGCUCAGCAAUGGGGACUUGGUGCUGAAGGACAUAUCGCGGGAAGACGAUGGGCUGUAUCAGUGCACAGUGGCUAACCAUGUGGGUUACAGUGUGUGUGUGGUGGAGAUAAAGGUGUCAGACUCCCGCCGCGUGGGCAUGAUCAUUGGAGCCGUGCUGGGCUCCCUGUUGUUGCUAGCCUGCCUCUGCCUGGGCAUCUGGGGUCUCGUCUGCUGCUGCUGCAGCGGGAACGGGGUCAGCCGUGGCACCUUCUGUUACGGCAACGGCGGCGGGGUCGGCGGCGGGGCCUGCGACAUGGCUAGUGAAAUCAGAGAGGAUGCAUUGGCACCCGGGUGCAAGGCCACCGGGCGGGGCGGCAGCGUCACCCCUCUAGGCUACCCGACAGAGAACAUCAGCCGCUCGCUGCGCAGAAAGUACGCAGCUCCCUGUGCGGGACCCGAGGAUGUGCCCUUGGCGUCCUGUGGGGUGGCUGUUGUGCCUGCCAAUGCCACCUCCAUCAGCGUCCCCUGCGAAGCGGGCCCCUCUCCCAUCUACGUCAAGGUCAAGAGUGCUGAACUUGGGGACUGUGGAGAGGGGCAGGUGAAGGGCAAGGAUGGUUAUUUGGUAUAAGCACCAGCC